GCGUCGUUAGGUGCUUCCACAGCAGAUAUUAGGGAGUGCCUAACGAUGCGGUACGACAUCAAAGAGCUUAAACAACAUCCAUACUAUCCCUCCUCAAUAACAACUUUAUUGGUCUGUGAUAGCAACGUCAUGAUGAAUCCGUGGCAAGGGGUUAACUAGCGUCGGAUCGAGCAUGGCCCGUGUAGCAAUCUCAAAAUAUUAUUGUCUCCUAUGACAUUGAAAGGUAAAAUAACACCGGAGCUGAAAUUUCUUGUUGAUUCCACCGUGCACGUGUUCAUUGACAGCCAGAUAACAUUGAUUAGGUUUCCAACAGUUCCCCGGAACGUUUCAUGGAAGAACACUUAAAUUGCACACAUUUUGGAGCUUGUAUGCUUCUCAAGAACACCCACUUCAGCAGCAUCGUCACAGAUUAGACAGCGCCAACAGCUCUCAACAGAUAUAGAUCUACUCACCGUCAUGUCCACUCGCUUCUCCUCUUCUUUCCUCUAUAUUCUACUUGCCUUGACAGCUUUUGUCGCUACAAGCUGUGCAUUCACAACCUUCAACUAUAAUUACUAUCCUCGCGGCGAGACCGCUACAGUUCAAAAUACUAUUGCCGAGGUGGCUCGCGAGACCCCAGCUGUCUAGGUGCUUCGUGCCAAAAGCUUACAACUACUGGUGGUGUGAACUAGACCGAACUGACUUUCCACUUCGUUUGUCGAACUUUACACCAGUGAUGUGACAGGCACACUCGAUUAUUCCGAAAGUUUUGACUCAUGUGUUUGUCAUAGUAGAAAUGUUGAAAUUCGUUUAUAUCAGUUUGACAGUUUCGAGUUUUGUACGCCUCUGAACAACUUCUUCCAAACAUCUACAUAUUGUAAGCAGAUGUAGUCUAUCUAUAUAAGUGCC